AUGGCCCUGCCUCUCCCAGGCUCCCCUUCGUCAUCCUGGGCCAUCUUCCUUGAACGCCUUAAGCAAAGCUUCAGCGGCGCUGACCCUCGAGUCUGCGUCGCCUUCUGGCUCUUUGGCUUGAUCAACAAUGUCCUCUAUGUGAUCAUUCUUUCGGCUGCCCUUGACCUCGUCGGUCCCAACAUCCCCAAAGGAGUCGUCCUGCUCGCCGAUGUGAUCCCUUCGUUCGGCGUCAAGCUGUGCGCCCCAUACUUCAUUCAUGUCGUUCCCUACUCGAUUCGGAUCCUGGUCUUCGUGGUGCUGUCCGUGGGCGGCAUGCUGUUGAUCGCCCUCACACCUCCUUACACAGAUGGUGGAACAAUUACCACCAAACUCGCAGGAGUGAUUCUGGCAUCGCUGAGCAGCGGUGGAGGAGAGUUGAGCUUUCUCGGUCUGGUUCAUUACUACGGUCCUUUCAGUCUCGCUGCCUGGGGGAGUGGCACGGGGGGCGCUGGUUUAAUAGGAGCCGGAGCAUACGCACUCGCGACCACAACACUGGGCCUCAGUGUCGGCACAACAUUGCUGGCAUCUGCCUGCCUGCCGGUUAUUAUGCUGAUCAGCUUCUUCCUUGUGCUACCCUUGGGGCCUCUGCGAUCACAUUCUAAGAGACAUCACGACGGCAAUUCGCCACUCCGGAAUGACGACAUCCUCAACCAAGAGCAAAGAGAGGGACUUCUUUCUUCUCCAGAUGCCGCCAAGCCGACCAAGUCCAGGAUGUCUGCUUGGUCGUUGUUCAGGUACAACUUGACUCGAGCUAAGGCGCUGUUCUUCCCAUACAUGCUACCACUACUCAUGGUAUACGUGGCCGAAUAUACCAUCAACCAAGGCGUCGCGCCGACCCUGCUAUUUCCGCUUGAGAGGAGUCCUUUCAAACAUUUCCGAGCCUUUUACCCAACCUAUAAUGCGAUAUACCAGAUAGGGGUAUUCAUAUCCCGGUCCUCGACGCCGUUUCUCCGCGUCCACAAUUUGUACCUGCCAUCAAUUUUGCAGGUGAUCAAUCUGGCGAUCUUGACGCUUCAUGCACUCUUCGACUUUAUCCCCAGUGUGUACAUUGUCUUUGCAAUUAUCUUGUGGGAGGGUUUACUGGGCGGUCUUGUUUAUGUCAACACAUUUGCCGAGAUCAGCGAAGCAGUUCCUAAAGAGGAUCGCGAGUUUUCCCUAUCAGCGACCACGGUAAGCGACUCGGGCGGGAUUUGUAUUGCAGGUUUUAUGGGCAUGGCGUUUGAAGUGUGGUUAUGCAAUUGGCAGGUUAGGCAUGGCAAAGACUAUUGUAAGAAGUUGUGA